UGUCCCGUGCCAGACAUCGACACGCGCCCGACAGCGGUCAAUAAUAAGCAGCCUACCGUUUGACUUGCUUGGACGGGAGCUUCGACGGUCAUUUUUUCGCGUUUCGGGGGAUAGGAAAAGUUUUCCGACACGAAUUACUACAUUGCAGGGAUAAAAGCAACACCGGGGGAAGAGGGACAACGAGAAGAUUCGCCGACAUCUGCAACCAUGAUGUCCAUGAACAGCAAGCAGCCCUUCAGCAUGCACCCGAUCCUGCACGAGCCCAAGUACACGCCGCUGCACUCGAGCUCGGAGGCGAUCCGGAGAGCGUGCCUGCCCACGCCCUCGCUGCAGGGGAACAUCUUCGCCGGGUUCGACGAGAGCUUGCUGCAAAGGGCCGAGGCGCUCGCCGCCGUGGACAUCGUCACGCAGAAGAGCCACCCGUUCAAGCCGGACGCCACGUACCACACCAUGACCACGAUGACCAGCAUGACGUGCACGCCCACGUCCUCGUCGGCGCACCUGCAUCACCCGUCCGUGCUCACCUCCCACCACCACCACCACCAGCCCGCGCAGGGCCUCGAGGGCGACCUGCUGGACCACCUGACUCCGGGCAUAUCCCUGGGAGGCAUGCCGGGCUCCGACGUGUGCUCCACCGCCUCGCACUCGCACGCGCACAUGUCUGCCAUCAACCACAUGCAGCACCACCACCCGCAGGCCAUGAACAUGCACCCGCACGGACUCGGCUCGCACGGCGCGCUCAGCGCGAGCGGCGGCGGCGGUGGCGGCGGGGAGUCCGAGCCCGACCCGCGCGAGCUGGAGUCCUUCGCCGAGCGCUUCAAGCAGAGGCGCAUCAAGCUCGGGGUCACGCAGGCGGACGUGGGCUCGGCCCUGGCCAACCUCAAAAUCCCCGGAGUGGGCUGCCUCAGCCAGAGCACGAUCUGCCGGUUCGAGUCCCUCACGCUGUCGCACAACAACAUGGUGGCGCUCAAGCCCAUCCUGGAAGCGUGGCUCGAGGAGGCGGAGCGGGCGCAGCGCGAGAAGAUGAGCAAGCCGGAGAUCUUCAACGGCGGCGACAAGAAGAGGAAACGCACGUCGAUCGCGGCCCCGGAGAAACGCUCCCUGGAGGCGUACUUCGCCGUGCAGCCCAGGCCCUCCUCGGAGAAGAUAGCGGCCAUCGCCGAGAAGCUGGACCUCAAAAAGAACGUGGUUCGGGUGUGGUUCUGCAACCAGAGGCAAAAGCAGAAACGGAUGAAGUUCUCCGCCGCGCACUAGGCCACAAGCAAAGACGUAUAUAUGUAUAAAAAAAAAAUGACAAUAACUUUUAAAAGACAGACAAAUCGCAGCGCAGCAUCGAAGCUGAGGUGGAUAAUCGAGGCUUUGAGGCACGUUUCGGUGAUAUAAAAAUGGGAUCGAGACUUGAAACCACACGUCCAAGUCAUAAACUCAAAAACUUUUGUUAUUAAACGACAUAUGUAUAAUAACAAGAUAGGAGAUGAUCAAUCAAUGUGUUCUCCAGAGAGUCGGAGAAUGAGGAAAAAAACACUUGACCGUCGAAGCAGUUAUUGUACAAAAUUUCAGAAGAAAAAGUCGAAUAAUAAUUGCUAUUAUUCUGUCAUGUCAAAAAAUAACUUUUUUAUAUUUAUUCGUGUAAAUACUUGUGAAUACAUUGCACCUUUGUGUGUGAAGAGCGCAUCGAAUUGGUUUCUUUUCAAUGGUUGUUGUUGUUUGCAGCAUUAUUAUAACCGAGGAUUAUUAUUAUGUUCAUGUUACUUUUGAUGUGUCUCCAGAUGAAGCGACUUAAAGCUGGGCACACCCGUGGCUCGUGCUGUAAAGCCCAUUGCAUGGUUCGGCCGUUACCUGUGCGUUAUUUAAGCAAAAAAAAGAAAAAGGAUCCAUUUUAAAUGCAUUGCAAUAAGAAACACGCGCG